CCCAGUCGAAGCUUGCAGAGGAGACGUUCUUCCCUGGGAGCAAAGGCGAGAAUGAUAAGCUGGGGGGACAUCUACAAGGUGGUGGACGCCAUGGCGCCGCUGUAUGUAGCACUGGGCCUCGGAUAUGGCUCGGUGAAGUGGUGGCGUGUUAUCACGCCGGAGCAGUGCGAGGCGAUCAACCGCCUCGUCUCCUGCAUCACCCUCCCCCUCUUCACCUUCCAGUUCACGCUCCACACCGACCCUUUCGCCAUGAACUACCGCUUCGUGGCCGCCGACGCCAUCUCCAAGGUCACCAUCGCGCUGCUCCUCGCCGCCUGGCCCAAGUGCAGCAGCAAGGGCAGCUACUGCUGGUCCGUCACCAGCUUCUCCCUCGCCACCCUCACCAACUCCCUCGUCGUCGGCGUUCCCCUCGUCGGCGCCAUGUACGGGCCGUGGGCGCAGGACCUUGUGGUGCAGCUCUCGGUGGUGCAAGCCAUCGUAUGGCUCACGCUGCUACUGUUCGUGUUCGAGCUCCGGAAGGCGGGAUGCGGUCUCUUCUCCGUGGCCACAGCUCCCUCCAUCGGUAAUGCGUCGAUCGAGUCACCGCCGGCGAAAGACGCAGACGUAGACGUCGCUUCGCAGCCUUCCUUCUGGUCGCUGAUGAAGACGGUGUGGCUCAAGCUCGCGCUCAACCCCAACUCAUACGCGAGCAUUGUGGGCAUCACCUGGGCGUUCAUCGCGAACAGGUGGCAUUUUGAGAUGCCGAGCAUCAUGGAGGGAUCGGUGUUGAUCAUGUCCAAGGCAGGGACAGGGAUGGCCAUGUUCAGCAUGGGACUGUUCAUGGCUCUGCAAGAGAAGAUACUCGCGUGUGGACCGAGCUUGACGGCAUUUGGGAUGGCAUUAAAGUUCGUCGCAGGGCCGGUGGCGACCGCCAUCGGAGCCAUUGCGGUCGGACUUCGCGGUGACAUCCUGCAUCUGGCAAUCAUACAGGCUGCACUGCCUCAGUCCAUCACCUCCUUCAUUUUUGCAAGAGAGUAUGGAUUACAUGCUGAUGUGCUCAGCACUGCGGUGAUCUUUGGGAUGCUGGUUUCUUUGCCUGUGCUUGUUACAUACUAUGUGGUGCUAGGUUUUCUGAGUUAACCUCAAGAUCCUGAUCCCUUUUCCCUCUCCAAAACAUUAUUCCCUUUCAUGAGGUCCAAUUCCUGUGUUGGAGAUCCUACAGUGAUGUAGCAUACGUUCCUCGCUGCACAAGUGCAAUGAGUUUUGGCUAAUAUAAUGACACUGUAA